ACACGCCCAAUAAAUGGAAAAUGACAUCAUGGUAAAAUGACAUCAUCCACCAAGAUUGGGCGACGGUUGGAGUCUGACUAGCGCCCUCGCCUGGUUGGGAACAGACGGUUUAUAUGGACGACUCGCUUGGCAACUUGGAGGACAGAUAGACCGAGAGCAAACAAGCUCGACUGAACCGAGACGAGGGGAGCAGCUUUCAGUCAAAUAGAUUGUCUCACGUGUUUAAAGCUCAAACAAUGACCUUAGCUGGGGAAGCCUACUCAGAGGGCUGAAAAAUAAAACAAAUUUCAUUACUAUAAGUUACAGCUGGAAGAGAGGACAGAACGAUUUGCCGCGUUUAGUUUAGUCACAUAAAACCCCGUGCAUUUCGACACCUAGCAGACGAUAAAGUGUCGAAUCUUUCAACUAUACGUUCUGUUUGUAAAUCAUCAUGGAAAUUUCAACGAAUUUAUGAUGCUACCGGCUACAUUCAAUUGUAGUUGGUUAUGUAGGUCUUGCAUCAUUAGCUGAUUACAUUAAUUUUAGCAGAAUUGGAUUUGAAUAUUAAGCCCGGAUGGCAGCUUACCCACUCAUCAGGUUUUAUGCACACGACUAGCCGGAGCUUCGGGUACGAGAAUGAGCAACCGUGGGCCCUGGUUUUGCGGCUAGACAUUGAAGUGGUCAUUAAAUUGACACCCCCGUAUAACACAACAGCAUCGAGGGAGAGAUUGUCACAUUGAUCUCAUAUACCUUCCUAUUCGAACAGUAAAUGAACACUUAAAUUUCAGAGUGUUUUGUAUUUACACAUUGGGAAGCUAUUAUCAAUCAGGAUUAUUAUAACCACGCUUCAUCAACGGAACAUUUUAUGAGCUUUGAACCUUGGACUGUAAUCGCUCAGCUGGAUUCGAUGGGGCUGUACUCGAAAUCCCAUGUCGAACGCAAUCCACCAAAGAAACAACACACUUUAUCUAUAGAUUUAGAAGAUAUGAUGAAAGGAAGUGGGCAAUCCAGUCCACAGCGUGCUAGUAUUACACCGAGCAGUAUCAGUAAUACCCCGCCAACCACCCCACUAACACCCGGAACUCCUUUGAGUGGCCCGGGUACGCCUAUCAUACCCACUGGAUCGCCAUCUAUUGCCUCCCAGUCACCACUUGGACCUCCCACCACGCCAAGCUACCCAGGACCAUAUCGACAUCGACUUCCAUCGUUCACGGAGAGCGACUCGCAAUCGUCGACCCGCGACACGCUGUCAGACGAUGCCGCCUCGCCGUCGGACUCGCAAAGCGACGUCGCAUCUGUAGGAAGCGGUAGUACGGCUGAAUGGGUGAACUUUGACAUCACCCCUCUUGUUAAGAAGGAGCUCAAGGAUGCCAUCAUUACGAGGAGAAAGACAAGAGGGUUACCCGAUGUCAGAGUCGAUUUUACUCCACGACUUCCAGACAAGCUAACCCCAGAAGAAGAAGAAAGACGUCGACUUCAAAAGGAAAGAAACCGUGAUGCUGCCUCAAAGUGUCGUAGUAAAAAGAGGGAUGCUGUGGGACGACUUGUACAUGAAGCACAGGAACUAGAAACAGAGAAUACAAAGCUUCGAGAAGAAAUGAAAGCCCUUGAAACAGAAAGAAGCCAGCUACAGUUCCUCCUUGACAUGCACUCCUCAAAGUGUAUGAUGCAGCAGGCAUCACCACCGAUCACCAACCCGUCAUCAAACAUCCAGAUCACAGACUCAACUGGCGAAACGAUAUCAGCCCCACCUCUCAUCCAGGAUACGGAUGAGACAACCAUACACGAUUUGCAUGCCUUGGGCGAGGCAUUGGUGAUCAGAGCAAAGACGGAAGCGACAACGCCAAUGACGGAAUCGCCAUCGUCUUACGGGUCAUCAUGCUUCCCUCCAACACCGUCAACAACUCAUAGCCACAGUUGCACGGAACCCUCAACUCCUGCCACCCCAACGAGUGUAAACAUGGAUGCACCCGUAUUUCCUACCCUCUCGUUAAGCUCUAUUCAAGUGACCACAGUUGUAGAUCAUACUUUCCAGGAAACAUGCACCAGUGGCUCGCCAAUCGCUUCUCUUGCCAGUAGUCCCACAAUGAUUACCGAUGCCUUCACCAUGCCAGACAUUGCAGAUUUUCAUCCGGUUGUACCUCCAACGCCUGAAUUGCUAGAUGACACCGACCCAUUUUCCGAAUCGUUCGUCAAACAAUAUCUUGGUGGCGAUCCAUUACUAUCUUCAGAUUUUUCCUUGCCGAACAUUGCGGACAACUCUACAAUCCCUGACAGUUAUCUUAGUACCAAAUCUGCUUCGGCAGACGUAUCGAUGACCGAUGCAGAAUGCACGGCAGAAAGCGGACAGAUCUUACCUUCGACAUGGAGGUCAAUCAGCGGUGAUGGCUACACUGAACACCAACAGCCUUUGCUGGAUAUUCAUUUUCCUCAAGGUGAAGCGGGGGAAAUAAACCUGGCUUCUUCAAGAGUGAACAAUCCCACUCGUGAUACAUCCGAAACUCUCUCAUUAUCAUCCUUGCUUGGAGUCUCACUGGGUGAUUUAGACGGGACAAUGGAUGACACAUCGCCUAUCAGUAUACCUUCAAAUAUAGUGCAAUAGUCUUUUAUGUAGCAUUUUUGAUAGUUUUCAGGGGUUACAAAUCCUUGCCCGGGAUAUACUGAUGAUGACAUCAGUUUUGAAUCAAACACAUGCUGUUUUGAUACGUUUUAAUACUAGUUGAAGUUGUAUAAACACCCGUAUAAACACUUAUCUGUAUGGUGUUAGACCGAAACCACACUGGUGUAGUUUAACAGUUCUCUAGCUGGUGUUAAAUCAACACCAGUGUUUUUUGCAGUGCAAAGUAAAUAGCUAAUUUGCAUUUUCACAAGCUUUUUUUCCAUUUCUUAUUUUGAAAAAUUGGGACGGAUAGGGAAACAUUCGCGGAGGAAUUCGGCUCGUUCUGACCAGCCCAAAUACUCUCCAAAAUGCUCACUGACUUGGCCACAACAAAUUUCAUUCGGGUCACAUUCGGGAUGUAUUCAGACGACAUUCGGUUGGAUAUAAGGGGAGGUAUUCGAAGUAUUCUGUGAAGGUUCGGGCCAUUCGUAUUAUUUGGGGAGUAACGGUCCGAGCUUGGCGCAUUAAUUCUGUCAUAUUCGUUCCGAUUCGUCAUUCGGCACUAAUCGGGCCACAUUUGGUUCGAUUCUGGCCACUUUUGGCUCGAUUCUUGCCACUAUUUGAGUGGCAUUCGGCUUUACUCGGAAUGGCCAAAAUUGAUUCGGGUCUGCGCUUAAUCGGGACCCAUUCGUUUGUAUUCGGGGAGACGAAUAUGUUCCGAAUCAGGCCGUUUUCGGGCAGAAUCGGUUCGACUUUAUUCGGGAGAAAUCGGUUUUGGUGUAACCCUGGGUAAAAAAAAGGAGAGGGAGAUUUGCCCCGAACGUUUUAGCAGCUGAAAUAUCUGAUCAGUAUAUCUCGAUCUCGCUGUACGUCGUAUAUUGCUUAUCUAUUGCAUUGUGCGUAUCUAUGUGUCGUAUUUGUAAUGUUUUGCUAUGUUUUCAAAAAGCAUAUUUGUAUGUUUAUUUUCAUCAAAUGAACUGAAUGUAUUAUAAACUAAAUAAUCCAUGCAGAUUAAAAAAAAUUAUAUUCAAGAUUCUUUUUUUAUUGUAAUCAGAUAUAUGCAAAAUGCAUUCGAUGCCUAUUAAUGCUUAUUAAUUUGAUAAUAAUUAUAAUCAGCUAUGACAUUUUUAAUGUAUUUAAUAGAAUAUGAUCAAUAAUACUUUGAAUGAAAAAAUCGAUUCAUACAAAUUAUACAUGUUAACCUAUAGGUUCUGUCUUUCAAUAAAAUGAAUUUAUAUGACCCUGUAUUUAAAUGAAUUCAUACUAUAUAAUUGAGGCAAUAGGGCAAAAAAAAAGACAGGAGACCGAGUUUGGAAAUGAAGCUGUUUCUCCGAGAGGAAAAAUAAGAGGGAGAGAAGCGAGCUAUGGUAAAAAUCGGCAAUUUUAAGUAAUGUCAGAAUUCGGCACGCAAAAAGUUAAUGUUAGAAAACACGAAGACAUUUUUUAGGGAACCCCUCCCCUUGAUUAGAACGCUAGCGAUACAAGUGAAAGCUGACAAUUUUCAGCUCCUUAGUAUCUGAUUAUUUCCCGAAGUUCUGAGAUAACAAUGAUGCACCCUUUUUUCACUCCUCCGUAAAUUGAACAAUUACGACCUGUAAUGGAAACGAUAUAAACACGGUUGAAAUCCAUAUGGCAUGUGUGUAUAUAAUUGGAUUAUCUUAUUUGGAACUCGGUAUAUAUAUUUAUAUAUUAAAUUAUAUACUUUCACUUCGUACUCUCAUUUCAAUGUGCUAUUUUCCUUGAAUUUGAAGUAACCUCUUUAUUCUACUAAAAGGUGUAAUUGUCACUAACUUCUCACAGUCUACCUCUUAUCAGGAGCUUUGAUCAUAUUUAUAUUUCUUUCGGUUUUCAGUUACAUAAUAAUCGGUGAACCUGAAUUUCAGGUAUUCUUUCUACACGCUGUAAAGGUGCUAACACUCAGUACACAUAAAACAACAUCUUAUGAUUAUUCCUUUGAUAUUAUUGUUUGAAGUUGAUAUAAACAAAAUAAGCCUACAAGGAAUAAUAAAACACUCAUUAGUACAACGAUUAAUACUUGUAUAUAGUUUUGAUAUAACAAAGCAAGAACUAGUUUAAAUAUGCCAUUAGUAAAUGGACACUAACUAAUUAACAGUAAUUAGUGUUUAUGAUACAAAUAAAUGUGGCAUGUUAAGAGUUAAGUAACUAAGAAGGGUUUCUAAUUGAGGAAAACGCAUGUUGCUCUAAGAACUGAGAUUUGGAAACCUUGUGCCAAUUUUGAAGCAAAUUUGUUGUAUUGAUAAACUAUUAAAGGUCAAGUCCAUCUCAGAAAAAUGUUGAUUUGAAUCAAUAGAGAAAAAUCAGAAAAAC